AGGAGACAUGGUUUUCACGAAUCCGAGUGAAGGGAGAGAAGUCCUGGUGUUCUCUCGAGGCCAAUAACUGUUCGAGCCAAUAACUGUCGAGGAAGCAUUCAGAUAUAGUCAUAGUAGAACACACAGACAAAACAGUAGGUAACAAUCUAAAUCUAACAAUAUUAUCCGGACUAUGAGACGUUCGAGAAGUACGAUCCUAUUGGCCCUCCUGUUGGCCGUAUUAUCAUCGUCCGUUAAAGCUACUACGCUUUACGGUGCACCGCCAUGUCCCGAUCCGUACGGUGUACACGCAUAUGCUCAUCCAGAGGAUUGCAAUAGUUUUUUCUUAUGUACGAAUGGCACGUUGACACUCGAACAUUGUGAAAAUGGUUUACUUUUUGACGGACACGGUGCUAUACAUAAUCAUUGCAAUUAUUAUUGGGCCGUUAAUUGUGGACACCGCCAGCACGAUCUUACACCUUUGAGCUCGCCCGGUUGCGAAUUUCAAUUUGGACUUUAUCCCGAUAGUGAUACCUGUAGCACUACGUAUAUCAAAUGUGUACAUGGACAUCCACUUCAAGAACAUUGUGAUGCUGGUUUAGCUUACGAUCCGAAAACUCAUACUUGCGUAUGGCCUGAUCAACUUUUGCCAUAUUGUAAUCCGGAAGCCAUUGUUGGUUUCAAAUGUCCCCAUAAAGUACCAGCACGUAGUGCUGCAGCUAAAUUUUGGCCUUUCCCAAGAUUCCCGGUGCCUGGUGACUGCGGUAGAUUGAUAACUUGCGUCGAAGGACAUCCGCGUCUUUUGACAUGCGGCGACGGUAAAUUAUUUGAUUCCGUUAGUUUGAGCUGUCUCGAACCCGAAGAGCUACCACAUUGCGCCAAUAGCCUGUAAUAGUUCGAUCGGUUUAAUUACAUCAUACACGUGUAAUGGGAUCUUUUUUCUUCAUUUUUCUUUUCAUUUCUUUUUUUUCCCGUUUUUUUCCUUUUUUUUUUUUUUUUUUUUAUAAGAAACAUGACACACUGUACAUGAAGAAGAAGACGAAUAAUAAUAAUAAUAAUAAUAAGAAGAAGAAGAAGAAGAAGAAUGUGAACGUCUUACGUCAUAGUUACAACUACGAUGUAAAUAAUUACAACGGAUGAAAAAUCUAAUAUCUAUCUUUGAUGGGGGCAAAAUAAAAUAUAUCGAUGAAAUAUGGCCGUUCAUCGUAUUGGUCUAUAAAUAUAGAUGUAUCAAUAUUCGUUAUAAAAAUUAUCUGUAAUAUUUUCUAUUUAAUGAUUGACAAAUUGAAAUAAAAAUCUAUUAAGGGUUAUAUCAACGUA